AUGUCACGACCUGCAGGCCGCACCGACUGGGCGGAAGAAGACGACGAGGAGUCCCUCACCUCCCUCCCACCCAACCAAGUCAUCAAGAACAAGGACGGAACCGAAACAGUCAUCUCCUACCGUAUUGAGGAUGGCAAGAAGAUCAAGACCACCCGCCGCAUCAAGAAGACCGUCGUCAAGCAAGUCGUAAACCCACGUGUCGCCGAACGAAAGCAAUGGGCCAAGUUUGGUCAAGAAAAGGGCAAGCCACCCGGCCCACAAACAGAUACCGUCUCCGUGGCCGAGAACAUUGUGUUCAGACCAGUAUCGAACUGGAAAGCAAGCACCGAGGACAAGGGCGACGAAGCGAAGAAGAAAGCCGAGCUCAAGAACGCAAAGAUCAAGUGUCGUAUUUGCCAGGGCGACCAUUUCACGACAAAAUGUCCGUUCAAGGAUACCAUGGCUCCCGAGGGCGAUGUUGCGCCUGCAGACAUGCCCGACGAUGCGCCCGGCGUUGGUGCAUCAGGAGGUCUUGGUGCUGGAUCUGGAGGAUACGUGCCACCACAUCUGCGUGGACGUGGUGGUGCUGGCGAGAAGAUGGGCGGCAAGUUUGAUCGUGACGACAGCGCCACCCUUCGUGUCACCAACGUUUCCGAGUUUGCUGAGGAGCAAGAUUUGCGCGACAUGUUCUCAAGAUAUGGACAUGUUACCAGGGUCUUCUUGGCCAAGGACAGGGAAACUGGUCGUGCCAAGGGUUUCGCCUUUGUCAGCUAUGCAGACCGAUCAGAUGCUGCAAAGGCGUGCGAGAAGAUGGACGGAUUCGGUUUCGGUCAUCUUAUCCUUCGUGUCGAGUUUGCUAAGAAGGCUUAA